UAUUUUACACAUAUUUCUAUUAAUGUUAAAAGACAGUGUGCAUGCUUUAGUUGUUUUGAAACUUAUUAUGUUUUUGACGUUUACCUUCAGAUUGUCUCACGCAACAGUGAUUCGUACUUGAACACAGUUUUUUCUUUCAUUGUUGACAAAUAAAACUAUAAUCAUUUAAGAGUUUUAUAUUUUGGAUUUUGAAUAAUUGGAUAAAUAUGAGUAGAUUCAAAUAUGAACUUAAGUGUAAACUGGAUAGACUCAACGAAGAAAUGAAAUCAUGGAUUAAACAAGUAGACUAUGCUAUCCGUUUGUGGUCCAGACUUCCAGACUCUACUCUCUAUGAGUCUUACGAACAGGUACUGACACUGAUGUACAGAAAACUUGAAAGUGCUGGGUAUAAGAAACUGAAGGAAAGGCAGACGACGACGAUAAUCAAAAGGAGUACUUCCCCCGAGACGAGGGCUGUUGAAUUCGAGUUGAGGAAAACAUUGGAGAUGGAAAUGUUAAAAUCUAUCAACCUUCUGGAAUCUCUAGAAAAGGAGAAAAUAAAACGGAGGCUGGUAGAGGACGAAAUGAGAGAAACGAAAAGGAAGUUUGAAAAGUCAAAUGUUCCUCCAAAAUAUAUAGUGAAUGAACGAGACAGUAGUAUGGAUAAAGACGUCGAUCAGCUUCUGGAGCUCGACAAACAAAUAGCUGAACAUAUGGACGAAAUGGAUAUUCCUGGAAGCAGCGCAGAAGGACUAGUGACGGACAGAAGCGGUGGCCUAUCCACAGACAGAGCUGUUUCAGAACAAACAAACGCACCAGCUGUUAUAACUGAAGUGUUUAAGUCUGUGUUCAAUAACGAAUGGAAUGAUUGUUUUACUGAAAUGACCAAACGAUAUACAGAUGACCAUGCUAUUGAAUUAUUACGGCGAUGGCUCAAGGAAUGUUAUUUUACAUGCGUGGCAUUAACAAAGGAACAAAGGAAAAACAUAAAAGAUGAUACACUUAAAUGUUUCUUUAAAUUUAUGCAAUCACACGCUGUUGUGUCAUUAUCAGAUAAAUGUAAAAAGUACAUAAGGACAUAUCAGAAGAAAACAGCCAAGGAGGCGUUACCUUUAAUUGAACAGCUGUGUACUAAAAGGAUCACCAGAGGUCAAAACUUUGGCACUGCUGCAACAGAGUAUAUAAAGAAGUGUGCUGAGGUUUGCUGGAUUAUGAACGUGCAGAAUCCUUCUAUUUUCUUGGACUUUGACCUCAGAUAUGGAUAUGUUAUUGAUCAACAUUCUUUUUCAACGUUCAGAAAACAUGGUGACUACGUCAACUACGUUGUAUGGCCUGCUGUUUAUUUGAACAGAAAUGGGCCAAUCUUGUGCAAAGGAAUUGUUGAAAGUCAAUAAAUAUGCAAGCGCUAUCAUUUAAGUGUACACGAGUAUGGAAGAGUGAAUACAUGUGUUGGUGUGUGUGUGUG